AUGCAACCGCCCAUUCUAAGCAGCCCUCUCCCUAGAGAAAAAUUGUAUAUUUACCUGGCUGUAUCGGAGUGGGCAAUUAGCGCUGUUCUAUUCCGAUGCCCCUCGUGCAAGGAGCAGAAACCUAUUUACUACGUCAGCAUAGCGUUGGCGGACGUAGAAACAAGGUAUUCAAAGGUGGAGCUAACGGCCUUGGCCCUUCGAAGUGCCGCCCAGAAGCUCCGCCCUUACUUCCAAGCCCACCUAGUGGCCGUGCUAACCGACCAACCCCUUCGCAACAUCCUGCACAAGCCGGACUUGACCGGAAGAAUGCUUCAAUGGGCCAUAGAGUUGAGCGAAUAUGGAAUCGAGUUGCAACCCAGGUUGUCCAUGAAAGACCAAGUGAUGGCUGACUUCGUGUUGGGAUACUCCCGAAGAUCUACCCAACGAUCCGGUGUAGGGCUCCUGCUGCAAUCCCCAACAGGAGAACAUUUGGAGCAAGCUAUCCGACUGGGAUUCCCCGCCUCUAACAAUGAAGCGGAGUAUGAGGCCAUCCUAUCCGGGUUGGACCUCGUCCUGACUCUAUCCGUCUCCAGGCUCCGGAUCUAUAGUGAUUCCCAACUCGUGGUAAGGCACGUCCAGAAGGAAUAUGAAGCUAAGGAUGAGCGCAUGGCGCGAUAUCUGACUAAAGUAAGGGACACCUUACAACAGUUCACCGAAUGGACGAUCGAAAAAAUUAAACGGACUGAAAAUGGACGUGCCGACGCCCUCGCAAGCAUAACUGCUUCCCUCCCCAUCAAAGAAGCCAUAUUAUUGCCUAUACAUGUGCAAACCAACCCUUCCGUCACGGAAACCUCCACUUGCAAUACCAUUGAGGCAAACCAAGCUGACGGCCAAGAGUGGGCGGAAGACAUAAUAAGGUAUCUCCGGAUAGGCACUCUGCCCGAAGAGCCCAAGCAGGCACAUAAGACCCGGGUACAAUAUGCCCGUUUCAGCCUGAUCAGGGGGCACUUGUACAAACGGUCCUUUACAGGUCCCUAUCUUAGGUGCCUAAACCACUCAGAGGCCCUGUAUGUAUUAGCUGAGUUGCAUGAGGAGGUAUGUGAGAACCAUUCCGGAGGUCGAUCUCUGGCGCACAGGGCCCAUUCGCAAGGGUAUUACUGGCCCACGAUGAAAAAGGAUACGGCAGCCUAUGUAAAAAAACGUGACAAGUGUCAAAGGCAUGCCCCCAUACCACAUGUACCGUCGGAGACGUUGAAACCAAUUUCAGGCCCCUGGCCCUUUGCGUAG